AUGAACUUAUCUUUCGCCGGUUGUGGAUUUCUUGGCAUUUACCAUGUUGGUGUUGCAGUGUGUCUUAAAAAAUAUGCACCUCACUUGCUUAUAGGAAAAAUUUCAGGAGCUUCUUUUGGGGCAGUAUCAGCCUGCUGUUUGCUCUGUGAUUUGCCUAUUGGCGAGAUAACGAGCGAUGUUUUGAGGGUGGUUAGUGAAGCGAGGGCAGGAUCCCUUGGACCAUUCAGUCCUUCAUUUAGCAUUCAAAAUGUACUUCUGGACAGUAUGCAGAAGUAUCUUCCGCAUGACGCUCAUAAAAUCGUCAGCGGGAAGCUCCAUAUAUCGCUAACCAGGGUUUACGAUGGCAAGAACGUAAUUGUCACUGAUUUUCCAACGAGAGAGGACCUGUUGCAAGCUCUGUUAGCGUCAUGUUUCGUGCCAGUUUUCUCCGGGAUGUUGCCGCCCCGGUUUCACGGUAUAAGGUACAUGGACGGAGGAUUCAGCGAUAAUUUGCCCGUUUUGGAUGAAAAUACGAUCACCGUCAGUCCGUUCUGCGGCGAAAGUGAUAUCUGUCCUAGAGACCUUAGCUCACAAUUAUUCCAUGUGAAUUUAGCGAAUACCAGCAUAGAACUGUCCAAGCAAAACAUAAACCGUCUUGCUAGGAUUCUAUUUCCACCAAAACCUGAAAUUCUCAGCAAUAUGUGUAAGCAAGGUUUCGACGAUGCUCUUCGUUUCCUACAUAGAAACAACAUGAUAAGCUGUACUAGAUGUCUUGCUGUACAAUCAACCUACCAGUUACAAGAUGUUCUGGAUGAUAAAACGUAUGAUUACGAUCCCGAAUGCGAGGAAUGUAAAACACACAGGCAGGAUGCUCUAGUGGAUGAUCUCCCGGACACAGUGAUGACAAUCUUCCAGAAUGCUAUCGAGUCCGCCAACACCGGCCUCGUCAACUGGGUCAUGAGACAGAGAGGGAUGCGAUGUGUUUCACUACUGACGCUACCAUACAGGGUCCCAGUGGAUGUUAUGUACGCUACAUUUACCAAAUUCGUAGCAUGCACACCAAAGAUGAGCAAGACUCUGUGGAAAGUUAGCUGGCAGAUAGCUCGUCAGUUACACGGGUUCCUGUACUCGGCUCCAGACCGUUCGGAGGCUGCGAGGAUAUACUACAAGCUGAGUCACGAACACCGAGACGAACAUCGUCUGGAUAGAAGGCGUGCCAGUGAGUUGCGCGUGACGUAUGGCGACAUGCCAGCGGAGGCGGACACGUUUGAGCACAUCCUGAACGUGACAUCUCAUAAUGAUGCUCUACUCGCCUAUUACUAUCUGGACAGUGACAAUAAGAUGAAGAUGACGGAGAUCUAUGACGUCACUGAUGCGGACACCGAUGCGGUACAGUCUCCAACCGAGCGUGAUGUCAACAAACAACUGGAGUUCGACAACGACUGGUCGGGAGAACUGAUGGCCGAAGACGAUGAAUUGGACUUGGAUGGUGUUGACGAUGAUUUAGAAGACAGAAACAUAUUCUCAGACCCAGAGAGCGAGUGGACCAGACGGCAGUCAUUUUCAAACUCUUCCAGUGAAGGAGAUCAACCGGAAUCAGACAGACAAUUGUUGGAACACAUAGACUGUGAACGUUUAGCGAAGACGGUAAACAAGCGAGCCGUCAUUCUCACAAAAUUUAUGCUCAGCAACUUGAUAGAGGCGAUCGCACAGUUAUUAUCAAACACUACGCUUCUAUCCUCGCUGCUAAUCGAAGGUUUACCUUUGAGGGUUCCGUACCUCAAUUCUAUUUGUGAGGCGAUACUGACAAACAAUUCCCUGCAACACCUCUAUCUUCCGAGAUGUUCAAUUGGCGACGCCGGAUGUUUGGCAAUCUGCAAGGCUGUCAGAUGUCUGCCAAACAUUCUAACCAUGGACCUUAGCGGCUGCGAACUGACUGCGACAGGCGUUGGGUAUAUAGCGGACUUGAUCAAGUAUCAAAAAAUCCACCGGUACAGUGAAAAUUGGGUGCACACUCUCCGCUACCGGCUACCAGACUUGGACACGAUGGCUGGCCUGAGAAGGAUCAGUCUGUGUGGGAACAAUCUAGGAGACAUUGGGAAACUGUUUGACGUUUUGGCGGACGAUUUGUGGAUCAAGGCGGUCGAUAUCCAAAACUGUGGGUUAACCGAAGAGAGCUCGGAGGCUGCCUUACAAAUGAUGCGGUCGAACACUACUUUAGUAAUACUAGACAUGCGACACAACCCGCUCAUACCAACCGAAACACUCUCAAAAAUAAGAUCGGCUUUGAGAGAGAACGAAAGAGGAAUCGGUGGUCAGGUAGACUCUUAG